UUCCCCACCGGACGACCUUGGAAACGUGGCCAAACACGAAAUUUUCACACAAACACGAGGAGAUCACAAGACAUUGGAAGAGAUUUCAAUGCGAGAUGAAGCACGCGGAGUUUUUGGAAAACUGCGAGAAAAAUCCGAGAUUUAGAUGGUUUUCGCGAUUUUUCACCGGAUAAUUUUGAGAAAACUGAUCGGAAAAGAAAACGACGGUUGGAACAYACCGGACGCGAAACGACGAGUGUUGGGACUUUGCUUAUACACAGCGAUGACGGUUAAAAUCGUGAUGGUGUAUCCCCACAUACUUAUACUACCCAUCCUGCAAAAGUUUACACAGGUAAACGCACUGUAUACACUAUUUCGACCAGUUCGAACACAGACUUUGAACCGAAACUCCUCGAAUAAAGGGUUGAUAAGGAAGUUUAAAAAAAUGUGUGAAAACUACAACAAACCCCAAAUCGACUACAAGAAAGAAAAAGACGACCUUUCCGAAUUAUACAAAAACCGGAUCAUUUACUCCCUCCCAGUCCGCGCCGGCUAUUGGUCAAAUGAACUCGCAAUACGCGAACAACUGGAAUUUUCAUACAACUACAAAAGGGAGCAUUGCCAACUCCUUAUUCAGAAAACACGGAAAAUGUUCCGUAAUCUCCUCCGGCCUACUGUCCUAUCCUCCGACACGCCAUACAUCGCAUACAAUGUGAACUACCAAAUCAAGUCGUACGGAAUCAAAGAAACCAACCCUUGCGGUAAAGAAAGUCUUCAACCUUUGUAUUUAUCAGGGGUUAUUACCGAACGAGAAAUCGAAAGCACCCAACAUUUCACCCACGGAUGUGUCCUCACAGCCUCCUCAGACCGGACUCCCUGCAUUCGUAACACAUUUGUUUUCGUGGGGUGUGAUUCGGAAAAGUCCGGGAAUGUGAAUUACGGUGAAGAUGUUUACAUUGAAAUUAGCGAGAGUGAAGGGCCUCCUUUGUACGUUCAGUGUGAAAACUCAACGAUGGACACUUUCGGGAAACAUCUAAGUUUGAGACUGAGCCGCGUACCGGAUAUUUAUUGCCGGUUCAAGAUUUUGCACUGGAAGCCCCAGCUCCGGGACGAGACUUGUGGCACUUUUGUCGUCUACAACUCCUACGUUAUAAUCCAACACACGGCUUCUGGACACAACUUAGCAGCAGAGUUUCACAACUGGAUGCCCACUUUUUUCGGCAGCGAAUGCACGACUUCCUGUCACACUUUCCGCGACACUCAUSGGAUGGAAACUAGCGAAAAUUUGUGGAAAAUCGUGGGACACGAGAAAACGGAUUUAGACCACGUGCAAAUGGCCCAUGCCGCACCAAAUUUGUGCGACAAAAAGAAGUAAACUGUUUUAAAAAAUUUA